CAUUCCCAGACCUUCACUCUUGCCCUGUUGCUUGUGUGUGCGAGUGUGUGUGGACACGAGAAUGGCAGUGUUUAGUCGGUCAUCUUCACUGCUCUGGACCUACCUUUGUAUGGUCAUGCUGGCUCUGCUGGCUGGUGUCUGCCUGGGAAGAUCUGACUCACCCCGUGGCGUCUCUUUACCUUUUGUGUUUGACCUGAAUGCAGUGUGUGAUCCACCAUGCAAACAUGCUGGGAUCUGUAUCCGAAACAGCACCUGCUUGUGUUCACCGGGCUACGAGGGCGAGACCUGCCAGUAUGCUAACUGUGACCCAAAGUGUAAAAAUGGAGGUGAAUGUCUCCGACCUGGAAAGUGCAGAUGUCCUCCAGGAUUUGGUGGGAAAUAUUGCGAAAAAGUGGCAUGCGGUGAUGGUUGCUGGAAUGGUGGAGAAUGCAUCGCAGUGAACGGACAAGCCAAGUGCAUCUGUCCCUCCAGCUGGACUGGAUCCAAAUGUCAAGAAGCAAUCUGUCCUCAGGGUUGCCACAAUGGAGGCAGCUGUGUGGAUCCUGGAAUCUGCAGCUGUCCAGAGGGAUGGCUAGGGGGAGCCUGUCACAUUGCUGUGUGCAAGAAACCGUGUAUGAAUGGUGGGAAGUGUUUUUCUCCAGACAAAUGUCGUUGUCGCAGUCUGUUCUCUGGCCCUCAGUGCGAAGACAGAAAAAAACUUUUCUGAUCUCAGUACUUACUGUACACUCCCUCAGAACCGCAGAGCUGGCCACAUGGUGCUAUUCAUUUAAGUUUGUUCAUUUACUUAUUUUUGCAUUUGUAAGCAAAUUUGUUACAUUAUACUGUAUGUGUACUGUGUGUUUUUAUGACAUAAAAUAAAUGGAAAAAAAAAAC